UCCAGAUUUAUAACACACGUUUUCCUAGGUCUGAAGAAGGGACUCGACCCAAAACUCACCUAUUCCUUCGCUCCAUAGAUACUGCCUCACUCGCUAAGUUUCUCCAGCAUUUUUGUCUACAAUCUAUUUUCAUAGGAUCACAACUGUUGCAAAACCACAGCGAUUUACUUGAAAUUUUCCACCCCGUGAAAUGAUUUGAUUUUCACAAAUAAUUCAACAUAUCGCUUGAGAGAGCUUACCGUGUAAAAUUGUCUGCUGAGACGCCCCAAAAUAAGAUCAAGUGGCCGUUUCGGUCAAAGGCUGAGAUUAGUAAUUUCAGAUCAUGUCCAUGGCGCCUUUCUUACCCAGAAACCUCAGCGCCCCAGAAAUCUCCCUAUGUUGCAGGCGAUACCAAGCGCGCAGGCGCGGAAACCCGGAAGUGGUGCGGUCAAGGCACGCAUGCGGACAAAAGACUCCGGAGGAUCGGCGGCGGGUAGGAGCGGGGAUCCGGGCGCGGGAUCAGUCAGCACCGAGGCCCCGGCCUGAGGAGCGGCCCCCGGCUGCGGGGAGAAUCGGUGCGGCCCCCGGGGACACGGUGGCCCGUCACCUGCCGGUCCUUCCCGAUCAUCAGUGACGCUGCUGACGGCGGCCGAACCAGGCGACGCAUGCGCAAGGAUUGCACGGUGACGGAUAGACCGGUUUCUGGCUCGCGGGGUGUUGUGGGAUGGAACAGGCAGAGCAUUUGUUAACGGGAUUCUCAAACGGAGUCACUGUGUCAACUGAGCCGACCAGACGCCAGAUAGUUCACAGCAUGGAUAAAUUAUUCACCAGCUCGCAGUGUGGGCAGGGAUUCACUCAAUCUUCCCACCAGGUGGCCCACCAGCAAGAUGAAACUGUGGUGAAACCACUUGCCUGUUCCGAUUGUGGGAAUGGAUCCACUCAAGCAAGCCAUCUGAAGGGACACCAGCAAAUUCACACCUGCUUCGAGUGUGCAAAGAGGUUCACUAAUUCUUCCAGUCUGGUGGCCCACCAACGGAUUCACACUGGAGAGAAACCAUUUGCCUGUCCCGAUUGUAGGAAGUCAUUCUCUCGAGCAAACAACCUCCAAAUGCACCAGCGACUCCACACCGGAGAGAGGCCGUUCAUAUGUUCUGAGUGCGGGAAGGGAUACAUUCAAUCCACUGAUCUACUGAGGCACCAGCAGGUUCACACUCGGGACAGGCCGUUCACCUGUUGUGAGUGUGGGAAGGGAUUCAUUCAUGCAUACCACCUGAAGAGGCACCAGCUAACUCACACCAGGGAGAGGCCAUUCACCUGCUCUGAGGGUGGGAAGGGAUUCACUCAAUCUUCCACCCUGGAGACCCAUCAACGAAUUCACAGCGUGGAGGGACUGUUCACCUGUUGUGAGUGUGGGAAGGGAUUCAAUCAAUCCACUCAGCUACUGAGACACCAGCAGGUUCACAAUGGGGACAGGCCGUUCACCUGUUCUAAGUGUGGGAAGGGAUUCACUCGCUUAUCCAGCAUGACAAUCCACCAGAGAAUUCACACCGGGGAGGGACUGUUCACCUGUUGUGAGUGUGGGAAGGGAUUUACUCUAGCAAGCAGACUGAAGAGGCACCAGCUAACUCACAGUGGGGUGAGGCCAUUCAUCUGCUCUGAGUGUGGGAAAGGAUUCGCCAAUUCAUCUCAGUUACUGAGGCACUUCAGUAUUCACACCGAAGAGAAGCCAUUCACCUGCUCUGCGUGUGGGAUGGGAUUCAGACAAUCAAAUGCAUUACUGGCUCACCAGAAGAUUCACACUCUGGACAGGCUAUUCACCUGUUCUGUGUGUGGGAAGGGAUUUCAAUAUUUUUCAUGGCUACAAACACACAAGCGAAUUCACACUGGGGAGAGACCGUUCACGUGUUCUGUGUGUGGGAAGGGAUAUCCUAAAUUAUGUGGGCUAAAGAUACACGAACGAAUUCACACCGGGGAGAGGCCGUUCAUCUGCUCUGGGUGUGGGAAGGGAUUCGCUCAUUCUUCCAACCUGCGGACCCAUCUCCGAAUUCACAGGGUGCGUAAAUCAUUUGCCUCUUCCAACUGUGGGUAGGAUUUCAUUGGUAAAUCUAACCUGGUGACCAACCAGAGAAUUAAUGCUGGGGAGAAGCCAUUCACCUGUCUUGUGCCUUGGAAGGGAUGCAUUUGAAUAUCUGGGCUAUUGGCACACCAGCUGUUUCACACUGAGUGGAAAGUUGAAAUACAUUUUUUAUUUUGAUGUCAGUGCUGAUGUUUGUCACACAUAGGACUGAACCCUGGUCCCUGGGCAAAGUUUGUACUGAUGUCAGUAACUUGAUUAACUGGACUGGAAUUUAAUAUCCUGAGUCUGUGACAAAUAAAUGUGUUCUGUUGUAAA